AUGGCUUCUUUCUCUCCAAAACCCACAAAGCGCUACAAUGUCAGAUCCAUUAGUAUGCCCACUAGAUCACAUCCCACCACAGUCAGAAUUGAAGAAGAGCUCAACAAGCUCAAGUCCUGGGAGGCAACUUCAACAUCAUCAAAUUGUUCAAAGGCAGAUUCAUUGUGCAAAGGACUAAGUGGCCUCAAGGAUUUGUACAGUUGCAUUGAGGAGCUUCUUCACCUGCCAUUGACACAAAAGGCACUAUCUUUGCACCAGAAUGAGAAAUGGGUGGAAGAAUUGCUUGAUGGCUCUGUCAAGUACUUGGAUGUAUGUGGGAACACAAGGGAUAUCAUCUUGACAAUGAAGGAGAGCGUUCGAGAGCUUGAAUCUGCGGUUCGAAGAAGAAUGGUUGGAGAUUCGAGCGUCCAAGACAGUGUCGUUGCAUACGUGAGCUUCAGAAAAAAGAUGAAGAAGGAAGUUGUGAAGGUUUUGGCAACAUUGAAGCAAAUGGAUCACAAAAAUGAGGUCUUUCCUCUGGAUCUAGAUAACCAUCUCGCCGCGGUGGUGAGGGUGCUUAGAGAGGGAAGUUUGAUCACCAGCUCAAUUUUUCAGUCACUUCUUUUGUUCCUUUCUACACCAGUUUCGAAGCCAAGGGCCAGCAGAUGGUCUUUGGUUUCAGUUUUGGUGCAAAAAGGAGUAUUAGCGUGUGAGAAUUCCCAACACAAAACCAUGAAUGGGAUGGAAUGUGUGGAUAUUGCAAUUAGCAAUCUGUUUGUGGAUAAUGCAAGUGAAGAUGUUGAGCCUGAGAAGAUUGAAUCUGCACAAAGAAAAUUGGAGAUUUUGGAUGAAAGCAUAGAAGGCCUUGAAGAUGGAUUGGACGGCUUGUUUAGGCUCUUGAUCCACACUAGAGUUUCUUUCCUAAACAUACUUUCUCAUUAG